GCCCGGGCCGCAGAGGCCGCAGAGCGCGGCGCCCAGCCCGCCGCACCGCGCCAUGGCCCUGCGCGCACGGCGGCGCCCGCUGCCCGCGCUCCUCGCGCUCUGCGCGCUGCUCGGCCCGCUGCAGGAAAAUCAAGGAUUUAUUUUGAGAUGGUGAAAAUGAACUCAAGGAUCCUCCAGCUGUCUGAGGCCACCACUCCCAUCCUGCACCGAGUCAGUGCUAGGAACAGCUAAGCCAAGUCCAGAGAACAGAUCCAGGCAAGAUUAAGUUACCCCACUUAAAAUGAGCAAAGGACUUGAAUAGACAUUUCUCCAAAGAAGGCAUACAAAUGGCCAACAGGCACCUGAAAACAUGUACAACAUCAUUCAUCAUUCAGGAAAUGUAAAGCAAAACCCCAAUGAGAGACCACUUCACACCCAUUAGGUUGGCUAUUACAAAGAAACAGAGAAGAACAAGUGGACAAAUCAGAAUCCUCAUGCUGCUGGGAGUAUAUUAAAAUGGUAUAGCCACUAUGGAAAACAGUUUGGUGGUUUCUCAAAAAGCUAGACACGGAAUGACCGUGUGGCUCAGGUCACUUUUCAGAUCACCCCUCCAUGUACGAGUCAGAGGCAUUAUGAGCAUUUUGGACGAUGCUGUAAUAAAUGUGAACCAGGAAAGUACAUGUCUUCCAAAUGCACUACAACCUCUGAAAGUGUAUGUCUGCCCUGUGGCCCUGAUGAAUACUUGGACACUUGGAACGAAGAAGAUAAAUGCUUGCUGCAUAAAGUUUGCGAUACAGGCAAGGCCCUGGUGGCGGUGGAGCCCGGCAACCGGACGGCCCCGCGGCGCUGCGCCUGCACCGCCGGCUACCACUGGAGCGCGGACUGCGACUGCUGCCGCCGCAACGCCGAGUGCGCGCCGGGCUUCGGCGCCCAGCCCCCGGUACAGCUCAACAAAGACACGGUGUGUGAGCCCUGCCCUGCCGGCUACUUCUCGGAAGUCUUUUCUUCCACAGAAAAAUGCAAACCCUGGACCAACUGUACCGUUCUUGGAGAGAUGGAAGCACAUCAUGGGACUGAUAAGUCCGACGUGGUUUGUAGUUCUUCUCUGCCAUCUGAAAAACCACCAAACGAACCCCUGAUUUACUUGCCUGGGUUAAUUAUUCUGCUUCUCUUCACAUCUGUGGUGCUAGUUGCUGCCAUCAUCUUUGGCGUUUAUUACAGGAAAAAAGGGAAAGCGCUGACAGCUAAUUUGUGGCACUGGGUCAAUGAGGCUUGUGGCCGCCUAAGUGGAAAUAAGCAGGAGUCCUCAGGCAGUAAUUUUAGAAGCAUUCAUAUGGAAGCUUCUAGUCAGCGUGAAAUUUGUGAAGGUGUCUUACUGCUGACACUGGAAGAGAAGAUGUUUUCUGAAGAUAUGUGCUGUCCAGACGGUGGUGGUGUCUGCGGGGGCGCGUGCGCAGGCGAUGGUCCCCACGCACUAGCAGAAGAUGCCAGGAUGUUCACUUUGGUCAGCGAGACUGAGGGGGACCCCUUCAGGCCUGUCCCCAUGGAAGACGAAUAUGUGGACAGGCCCUCCCAGACCCCAGACUCUUUACUGUUCCUCACUCAGCCUGGAAGCAAAUCCAGUCCCCCUUUCCCUGAGCCCCUGGAGGUGGGGGAGAAUGACAGUUUAAGCCAGUGCUUCACUGGGACAGAGAGCAUGGGGGAGUCUGACAGCUGCAGCUUCGCGGAGCCCCCGUGCAGGACUGAGUGGAUUCCUACGUCCUCUGAAAAGUACUUACAGAAAGCAGUGGAAGGUGACGGUUGCCCCCAUGGAGCAGCCAGCUUCUGUUCUGCAGAUGGCUGUACAGGAUGCGGGGACCCUCCUGGGGAGGACCGGGGGCCCCUCACGGGUUCCCCGGCAAGGGGACACUUGCCCCAGUGCGCCUAUGGCAUGGGCCUUCCACCAGAAGAAGCAGCUAAGAGGGCAGAGUGGGGAGGCCAGCCAGAGGACAGGGCCGAUGGAAGGCAGCCCAGCUCGAGGAGGGGAGGCCCUGGGCCUGGAAGCCCCUCCAGUGACCAGCCACCUGCAUCUGGAACCGUGACGGGGAACAGCAACUCCACGUUCAUCUCCAGCGGGCAGGUGAUGAAUUUCAAGGGCGACAUCAUCGUGGUGUACGUCAGCCAGAACUCGCAGGAGGGCGCGGCGGCGCCGGGCGGCGGCGCCGGGGAGCCGGUGGGCCGCCCGGUGCAGGAGGAGAGCCCGCCGUGCUGCGACGCGUUCGCGGGCCUCGGGCCGCGCUUCCCGGGCGCGGGCGGCGCGGAGCCCGACAAGGCGUCGCGGCCGGUGCAGGAGCAGGGCCAGGCCGGGCCGCCGCGCUGAGCCCCCGCGGCCCCUGCGCCCCGCCGCCCGGCGCCCGAGGUCGGGCCGCGGGCUUCCGAACACGUCCGUCUGUUACCGCGGCCCGAGGCCCGCAGUCACGUACGGCCGGGGCCACAGGCUCACGGUGCGCCCUUUGCUCGCCCUUCUUACCUCCUUUUGGGGCCCGCCGCCCCCCGUUAGCAUUUCCCCAGUAGUCUGGCCUCCGCGGCAGCCGUCCUUAAGAUUGUCCUGUUCUCUUUGGGUCUAUUUUUAUUCCUCUAUAUUUGUAUUUCACUUUAUCUCAGAACAUUUUUUUGAUACUCCUCCCCCCGCCCCCCUUAAUUUUUUUACUAUGUAAGGAGUUUCUUGAAAAUUCCGCUAAGGAUGCUGGUCUUCUUCACAUAGUUUCUUUUGCACCCCUUCUUACAAGUAGGUGUCUAUGUUUUGGAGAUGGCUUUUGUUGGGCGGGGCGGUGGGAAUGUCUGUAUCAAGUACUUUUGGAAAAAGGCUGGAACUUCGAAGCCUGGAGGGAGGCUCAGGGAACAAAUGCAGGGACUUUUAGUUCUUGAAAAUCUCUCUGUGCUCCCAUUUUUCUAAGGGAAGGAAAAAGGGAAAACCAAAUUCCCCCCCUCAAUGUUUAUAAGUUUCUGUCAAUCCUUAGGCAGAGCUAAGUUGCAGCCUGCGGUCCCUCUUUAUACCAUCCCAGAUGUUCACCUCGAGGGUGAGUUAUUUACCCAUUCUAGCAGAGGCAAUCGGGUACGUGGCAAGUAAAUCUCUAAAAAAUCAAACGUUGCUGCAGCUUGGCAUUCUUAAUUGUUUUUUUUUUCCUUAAACUUAUUUUUUUAAUGAAGGUAUCACUGAUAGACAAUCUUAGGAAGGUUUCACAUGAGCAACAUUGUGGUUUCAACAUUCAUCCACAUUAUCAAGUCCCCCCCACCCCAUUGCAGUCACUGUCCGUCAGCAUAGUAAGAUGCUAUUAGAGUCAUUACUUGUCUUCUCCAUGCUAUACUUGGCAUUCUUAUUCCUGAGGUCUCUCUCUCUCAAAAAGGUGUGGAAUAUGAAUAGGAUACAGGGAUAGCCUGAACACAUAGUGGGGAAAAAAAACUGCUAGGAAAGUUCUAGAAAGAAAGAAUAAAGAUGAAAUAUUAAUUUGCAUUUUCUCUUUCUAGAGAAGGAUGUCACACAUGUGUUCAGGCAAUAGGCCCUAUUGUCUACCUAAACAAUUGUGCAUCUGCCACCUCGUCCUGUAGAAGUGGAAAACAUCCCUGCUAUUUUCCAAAGCAUUUAAAUCAAAAACCUAAUCCCCAUAUUGUGAAUUUAAGAAAACAUCACAGAGCUGCUUUCCUUUGAGCGUCAGCCCUGUUGUAAGGAAACAGACAGUGUGAGUCAGACUGAAAGGAAUUACCUGGGCUGUUCCAUCUGUUGUAGCCUGUGGGUAUAUGUUCUCCUCAAUACUAGCGAAAAGUUAGAAUGCCUAAGCACAUUAAGGUCAAUUUAGCAGAUCUGGCAGGUUUUAAGUGUGCUAAUAGUGGUCAUGGACCAGACUUUACUGGCCACAAAUGCCCAGCUGAAGGGAGUGACCACUGUUCACUGGUUUCUCUCUGCUGGGUGCACACCUCUUGGAAAUGCUGUUCUUUGAUGUGGUCGAUUGUGAUCUUUAAUGGAGAAGCAGAGGGUGCCUCUGUAAUUUAUGGGACUCCUUAGCUGACUUAAAAACUGCAGGAAAUGACUGCAUUGCCAGGAUGAUAUGUUUGUGGGGAUUUACUGUCAGUUCUGCCCUUUUAGUUAACAUCCAUCCAAAGAGAGAGAAUAUGAAAAUGGAGGAAGCCAUUAUACCUUUUGGUGUGGGAUCUAUUAAAGAGACAAAGUAUAGUUCCAUAGUAGAAUGCUGAGCUGAAGACCCCAAUUUCUACCGUGACUGUCAUCACCUCACUGAUACGACUUUUACCUUUCUGUGUUUUUGUCUUUCUAUAAAAAGGCACUAAUGAUCAUUUUUGACACUUUUCCUACCCAGAGGUAACAAAAGGAGGUGACAGUGAAUGCUAAAGUAUCUUGAGCUCCUUGAAUAAAAGGUGCUAAAUAAAUACAAAAGAAUCUACUUUCAGGAAAAAAGGUAGUAUUCUUUCCCCCACUGAUCCCUUCCCAUUCUAUAUUGAUCCAAAGACAAUUAAAUGAUAGGCUAUAUAUAGCAAAUACUGGUCUGUGUCUGCCUAUCAUAGAACUGUAGUGACAAACGGAAGCAGAAUGAAAUGAAGACAGGAAUGAAAACCUGCUGGAGGGAUGUGAUAAAGAGAUGAUUAAACUUAUAUUUGGCCAUAAAAGGUUUUUUUUCUUGGCUUGCUUGAACAGGCUCUUUGUAAAAUAAUGAUUUGACUUAUUCCUCAUCUCUGUGGUAUGCACUGGUGUCAAAAGUUGGUUAUCUUGUGUCUUACUGGUGAAACCUUCCACAGAGUUGGGACAGAAAAAUGCCUCGCUUUGAUGAUCCAUCUAUCAUUGAUCUUGUAAGAAAGUUCUUUAAAAUACAAAUUCGCAGUGCAGUGAAAGAGUUGAAGGGGAAAUGGAGUCUGGGUUUUCUACCCUCAUUUAACUCAAACACCAGAAGAAGGACGAAUUCAUGUCUCUCUCUCUCUGCCUGUGAUCGCAAAGAGCAAUUUGAAUGUGCUGUGCUGGAACCUUCUCGUGUCUCUUGCUGUGUAACAAGCCAGCCUAAAACUUAGUGGCUUAAAACCACCACCAUUUAUUUAGCUUCCAGUUCUGUGGGUUGGCUAAGCUUGGUUGGGUCUUUGGGCCUGGGGGAGCCUGGCUGGGCUUGCUUACUGUGUGCAGUCUGCCGGCUGGCUGGCUGGGGGUUGGCUGGGCUAGACCGAGCCCUCCCCUCAUGCUCCCUCUUCUUGCAGCAGGCUGGCCUGAGCUUGUUCUCUGGUGGUGACAGGGUUCUGAGGGAACAUGCAAAAAUGUGCCUGGCCUUUGAGGCCUAGGCUCACCUGUCAUGCUGUAAGACACAAGGGCAGCCCAAAUUCAAGUGGGGAAACCCCUCCCCCACCUCUUAAUAAGAAGAGUUGUAGAGUGACAUUGGAGGGAGUGGAUACAAGGAGGGGAAGAAGGGGCCCCUUGGCCAACUAUCUACCAGUGGGGCCUUGUUCAGAAUAAAAUGUUGCAGAGAGCGUCUAGGAGCAGAAGAGGGAUGCUCCCCGGUCCCUAAUCAGCGGUUCCUUCUCUGAUGAUCAGAUUCCUUUGAUUCAUAGUUCUGUCGAUUCCUACAAAUGAGAGAUACCCACAUCAUAUUUAAGUUUUGAAAUUCCUUCCAAACUCAAAUAUGCAUGAUUGGGGAACUGGGUCUGUUGUGCUACUGCAUUCCACUGGCACAGAUCAUUGAAAGUGACAAUCUGUGAUGUCAAGAAAACCCAUGAGAAAAAAGGAUCUUGGGAAGA